CGGUGAAUAUGACUCCAAUUAGUCAAGUUGAGGUAGCAAUGAGUAAAAGUGAAGCCUUAGGAAGGGCUAAACGUAUUGAUCAAAGUUUACAAUAUAAAUUAAGAGACAAGACAAGGUUGUUUAUUGAUUUCAUGCGCAUCAAAGUUAAAGGGG